ACUUAUUUAAUGUUUUUGAGUUGAAUUUUCAUUCAUAGAGGUCUCUUCAGUCUUCAAAUAAGAAUUUGCUUGGUGUAAAAGCGCGCGAAAUAUAUCAGAAAGUAUUCAGGUUAUUUUUGUGUAGUGUUGUGUUGUGUUGAUUUUAAUUUGUUAAUUUAUUUUAUUUAACAAUGGAAACUGUGUCUGUAUCAAAAGGUGUUUUUGUGUUUAAAAAUGGCUUCAAACCUGGAAGAAAGCAUAAAUCUCGAAAGUCCAUACAAGAACAGUCUUUAUUUAAUAAUGAACUAUGGUAUCAAUCAUACAAAACUCUCUGGGGGAACUUAGAACGCAAAAUACAAAUAUUAAACAGUGAAAUGUUUUCCAAUGUCUUAAGCAGUUUGAUACAUUUUGUAAAGACAUCAUAUAAAAAGAACAUGACUGAGAUACCAGCUGCAACAUUGCUGACUGGUAUCAAUAUGCCAGAUCAUGCAGCUCAGUUUUCUACACUUUCCAAUGAAAUAAAAAGUCUAUCACCACAUGUUGUCACUCUACAUUCACAGGAUUGUAACAAUUUGAAGAAUUUAGUGGAGAAUAUGAUUAAUCAGCUCAUCAAUGAUGAAGACUUGAGUGAGGAUGAUGAGGAGAUGGAAAUUAGUGAAGAUGAAGAUGGAAAGAAGAGUAAAGUGAAAAAGAUUAAGAAGAGUCAGUGUAGUUUUGCAAUGUUGCAAUCCUGGUAUGAAGAUCUUGAUUAUGGAUGUGAUAAGAAGAUUUUAGCUAUUAUUAUUCCGGAUUUUGAGAGUUUUAAUGCACAUGUUCUACAAGAUUUUAUUCAAAUAGCAAGUACUUAUCUUAAUAUUUUACCAUUUGUGUUGAUAUUUGGUGUCGCCACAUCACUAUCCGCCCUGAAUAAAUCUAUGCCACAUCAUGUUUCUUCAAAAGUGAACAUUCAAGUAUUUAACUCACAGCCAUCGACAAUUUACUUGAAUAAUAUCCUUGAGGGCAUCUUUUUGGCUGAUGAUUGUCCAUUUCAUUUGGGUGGGCGCCUGUUUGCGCUGUUUUUGGAUGUGUUUUUGUUUUAUGACUUUUCUGUGACUGGUUUUAUUCAAAAUUUCAAGUUUGCUAUGUUGGAACAUUUCAGUCGUGGUUCACACUUAGCUUUAUGCACAAAUAGAAAACAAGUCAGAAAAGUUCUAGAUUCUUUUGAACACGAAGAUUUUGAAAAUGUACGUCGUAAUUGUCUCUCAUUUCGGAGUCUUGUUGAAAGUGAGAGUCCUAAAAACCAAAUAAAAUUACUAGAUGAUGAUACAUACUUUAGAUCUGUACUAGAAAAACAUUUGAAUGAAAUUUUCUUGUACAUGAAUAAAUUGCAUGUGUUAUUGAGAGGAUUAAAAAUAUUAGUUGAAGACUUACCAAAAACACCUCUUGGGAAACAAAUAAGAGAACUCUACAUCUUGGCAACUUCUAAAGACAUUACAACGUUGACAGAAUUCAAAGAAGCUUUUCAAUUGUUGAACUUCCAAUCAAAAGAUGAACUUGCACUCAAAAUGAAAACAUUCAUCCAAAUGAUACUCAAUGAACUGAAAAACAAUUAUGAAUUGAAUACAGAAUUCUAUGAAGAAGUUUCCACAGACUUAGUAACAUUAUUAGAAGAUCUUUUGGAUAACACAUCAAUAACCACAAUUGAAGAUGACGACGAAGAUGUUUCAAUGUCCGAAGUGCAUAAUAUAGUUCAAGUUAAUGGAAAACUAGACAGGAAAGCACUCAAAGAACAAUUAUUUCAACGGUCUCAGAGCCUAAACGUGCCAAAAAUGAACAAAUACGAGAAAUCAAGAGGAAAACUAGUAAAUUAUUUGGAAAAACUGUAUGAAAAUCAUCUUAAACAGCCAAGGGACUAUGUAUUUUAUGAACUAUUCUUUUUUAAUGAUGUUUCCAUUCAGAACAAUAUCAUUGGAUCACAUAGGAGUGCAAUUCAUACAGCACUCAAUGAUCCAGCUUCUUAUUUACAUUGCGGAUGUUGUAAACUUCCGAACAUAGACAGCAUUUUGGAUACAAUGCCGGACAUUUGCAUUGCGUACAAGUUACAUCUUGAAUAUGGUAAAAUGAUUAACUUGUAUGAUUGGUUACAAUCAUUUCUGUCUAUUUUGGAUCCUAUCAAACCAGAUGAAGACGUUGACAAAAGAGAAGUUGAUCCACGUUUACAAGCGCGUUUUACGCAAUGUGUCGCAGAACUGGAGUACCUUGGCUUCGUGAAGAGCUCAAAACGUAAAACAGAUCACGUGGCUCGUUUAACAUGGGGUGGUUAAGUAUAGAAUUGUAAAAUUGUGUAUAAAAACCAAAAAGUAAGUUUUAUCGUCAUUCCUCGGUAUUAUUGCACUCAUUACACUUUUAUAAUUGAAA